CCAUUAAAGUUUAUUAAAAGCUUUUCACAAUUCAUCUGGGCUUGUUAUUAUAGGAAUUAGCGUCCAAUGCAUCAUAAUUUCUGAGCUAACCAUUUGGGCAUAUCAGGUUCUCUUGCAAUUAUUUGACUGUUCAUCUGAACCAACAAUCAAGGAACCUGUUGCGGUGAGACCAGAUAAAGCAAGGGCACCAACGCAUAAUAUUGAGAUGCAGACUCUUCUGAAGGGCAGAAGAGUGGGCUACUGGCUCAGCGAGAAGAAGAUCAAAAAGAUGAAUUUCCUGGUAUUUGUGGACAUGUGCAGGAAACGAGGCAUAGAAAUGGUUCAGCUGGAUCUGAGUCGGCCCCUGGAGGAGCAGGGCCCUUUGGAUGUCAUCAUCCACAAGCUGGCGGACCUCAUUCUGGCGGACCAGAAUGACACGCAGGCCCUGCUAUUGGUGCAGAGUGUCCAGGAUUACAUCGACACCCAUCCUGAAAUGGUGGUUCUGGACCCGCUGCCGGCCAUUAGGACAUUGUUGGACCGCUGCAAGUCCUACCAGCUCAUCCGCAGGCUUGAAGACUGCAUGAAAGAUGAAAGGAUCUGCUCUCCUCCCUUCAUGGUUCUAAGGAGUGAGUGUGGAACCGACACUCUCAAACACAUCCAGAAACAUGGCAUUACCUUCCCUUUCAUUUGUAAAACUCCAAACUCCAACUCCCAUGAGAUGGCCAUCAUCUUCAGUGAGGAGGACCUGAAGGAUGUUAAGCCCCCGUGUGUGAUCCAGAACUUCAUUAACCACGAUGCAGUACUCUACAAGGUGUAUGUGGUGGGAGAGGCCUACUACGUGGUGGAGAGGCCUUCUAUCAGAAACUUCCCUUCUGGACCUGCAGAGAGAAAACCCAUUUUUUUCCACAGUCACGAUGUGUCCAAGCCAGAGUGUGCUUCCGACCUGAAUUCUAGGGACAAUGUGGAGGGGGUGUCCAGGGUGCCUAUCGACGACGUCAUCAGGGAGAUCUCCAGGUGUCUGCGGCGGGAACUGGAUGUGUCCCUGUUUGGCAUUGACAUAAUCAUCAGCAACCAGACAGGGCAGCAUGCAGUCAUUGACAUCAACGCAUUUCCAGGUUAUGAGGGAGUCCCGGAGUUCUUUGACGACCUACUGAGUCAUCUCACAAGUGUUCUCCAGGAGCGGGCCUUUGAGAGGACCAGCGUGGUCAGGGGACAGCUCCCUGCCGCAGCCCUGGCCGACUGUGGGAAACCCUGCAUGCUCCUGGGAAACGAGGCCAACACCUGGAUCGUAGAGGGAGACUGCGUCAAGAGGGGAGGCAAUCAAGGACUGGGGUGUGACUCUGAAGUUUCGGCCAACUUCCAACAACAUUGUGCGUCUGCCAUCCCCACCAAAGCCUCCUCGCAAUAAUGCCCAGCCCCUAGUAGUGAAGAACCAGAUGUUGUAUGUAAUAUAGAUAUAGAUAUAUAUAUAUAUAUAUAUAGAUAUAUACAGUGGGGUCCGAAAUUGACACCCUUGAUAAAGAUGAGAAGAAAAUGACGAUCAAAUAAAUAAUUAAAUUACUGAGCUACAUUGUAUGCUCCAUUUUUGUGUUGUAUUAUACAGUUGAUCAGAAAAAGUGUUUAAGUUAUCUUUUUAAAUGUAAUCUGACCAUAGCACCGGUUUCAAUCCAAGUGCCAAUGCCAUUUAGCGAACUCCAGGCACUUACACUUUUGGAAAUGCAUGAAAAUAGCGCUCUUUAUUUUUGUUGUAAUUUUUGCUUAUAUUUUUCAAGGGUGUCAAUCAUUUUGGACCCCACAGUAUGGGGUCCAAAAUGUCAGAAAAGCUUCAAUGCAUCUUGGCAUAGAUCAGGGUUCUCCACCCCUGUUCCUGGAGAGCUACCGUCCUGUAGGUUCUCUCCAACCCUAAUCUAGCACACCUAUUUCUAGUAAUUAGCUGGAUAAUAAACUGAAUCAGGUUAGUUACAACAGGAAGGUAGCUCUAUGGGAACAGGGUUGGAGAGCCCUGGCAUAGAUUCUUCACGUGUCUGUAACUCCAUCAUUUGGUAUUUUCUUGGUGGUGGAAAAAGCUCUCAGGUGCCACUACAGAAUAUCCCAUAAGUGUUCAAUUGGGUUGAGAUCUGGUGACUGAGAUGGCCAUGGCAUAUGGUUUAGAUCAAUGUUAUGCUCAUCAAACCAUUCAGUGACCACUCGUGCCCUGUUGAUGGCGGCAUUGUCAUCCUAUGGGGCCAUAGCCAGGGUAGACAAAAUAAUGGCCUACCCAGUAUUUUUAUACAUGACCCUAAACAGGAUGGGAUGUUAAUUAUUGAAUUAACUCAGGAACCACGCCUGUGUGGAAACACUUGCUUUCAAUAUACUUUGUAUCCCUCAUUUACUCGAGUGUUUCCAUUAUUUUGGUAGUUACAAAUUAAUGUACUUGCUGAGAGCAAGACCACAAGAUGUCUUACAUAUUCUUAAUAUUAGUGUGCUUGCAGAAGGCAAGACAACUCUGGAUUCCUUAAGUGUGCUUGCUUAAAGCAAAACAACGUUAGGAACUGUUCAUACUUAUUAUUCCGCUGUUACCUGUAACCUAAAACAAAUUUUAAAAAGUCCAGACAGCCACUGCUCAGGUUGCUUGAAAAAAAGUAUACGUUUUAAUACUACGAAUACUUUUCACACAACAAUCGUAUUUGCAUAAAUCCCAAUGCAUUUCAAUGGAAUUCCCGUCCUAACUAGUCUUCCACCACUUAAACUAGAAAUGCUAUUAUAACUUUAAAACGUGCAGACUGGUCUGGAAUAGGUUGCUUGUAAAAAAAAAAAAUGUAAUACCAUUUAUUAUUUUUGAACUAUAACUGUUUUACACGUGCGUAAAAGCUCCAUAGGCUUGAAUGGGACGUUUUUUUAUUUUAAAGCAUAAAUGUCAUACAAAGUGAAGCCGAAUACCCAAAACCCCUUGGUUGUCCCUAUCCUCAUGCCCACCCAUCUCCAUGCCUGCCCACCCCUGGGAAGUAUUUUGAUUCGUAAUUGCUCUUGAACUGUUAAAGCUACAAACACCAAACCAACCUUGACUUGUACAUGCUGACUCAACGUAGAUUGCUUGUCUAUUUUAUUUUAUGCUUUUUCUACUUUUUAAACUAUAACCAUUUUUUAAAAUUUGCUUCAAAGGCAAAAUGUUGAUUCACCACUGCUCUUGAUCUGUUUCAGCUACAACCACCACCCCAAUGUUGACAUAUGGCUUAAAUGGCUUCAACAGAGCUUUUUGCUACCAUUCCUACCUCAUAAACUAUAAAGCUUGUUGUAUCCCCAUCCAUUUCAAUGGUUGAAUGUGAGCUUCAACAUUAACUGAAAUCACUACAACAAUUUUCAGGAUGUUCAAACAAAACCAUUUUGAAGAGCUUAACACCUUAGGGCUUAUGUUGACAUGGAACUCACUCUACUAUACUACUAUACUAGCUCACUAUAAUACACUAUAAUAACACUAUAUAAUGCACUAUAAUAACUCCACACCUACAAACCACCCCAAAAUAAGUCACUAUAACUAACACAGCCUAUUACUAAAUUACUAAUUAUGACUAAAACCCUACUACUGCCAUUAAUACAACUAUUUCACAACCAUAAGUAUUCAAUAUUAGCAAGCACACCAGGUUUACUUCAGUAAAUGUCCCUUUUCAAGUUAUUCUAUUUAUUCCCCUCAAUAUAGUGCUUAAAUGAUUUAAUCUAUUAACACUAAACCAACUUCCAAAUGUGCAGACUAACUCAAAUGACCUUGUUUGAGAAUCUUUCUGAUAGCAUUUUAUACUUUUGAACUACAACAAUAUUUAAAAUGAUCUAAAAUGCAUUUCAAUGGCAAAAAGAUAUUCUAGACUCAUCGCUUUCGCUGUUUUUAAACUAACCAACGUUGAUGUUUAGACUGACCCGACUUACAUUGCUUGCAUUCAGAUUUGUUAUACUAUUUAUACUUUUUGACCUAUAACCAUUUAAAAUGAGCAUACAUUCAACAUGGGUUUCAAUGAGAACCAUAGGAAUAUAGUGUUAGCUAUUCAAAAUGGGCCUUGGCCAAUUAUGCUACAAGACCAACUUUAAAACCAUUCAGGUUUUAUAAACUAUUUCACUUUGCUCAAAUGUGCAUAAAUGCAUGGAUUCAAUGCCAACCAUAAGAACACAGUGGUAGACAUUGUAAAUGCUACUGCUCUUUAACCAUUUCAGCUACAAACAACAUUAAAACUGACAUUUUCAGAAUUUGUUUAAACUAUAGCAAUUCAAAAAUGUCAAAUUGGCAUUUAAUAACCCACUAACAGUAAUAGUAACUCUUGAACCAUCCAAACCAACUUGUUCAGGCUGUCCAAUCAGUCGUUCCAUCUACCGGCUAUUCAACUAUAACCAGUCACUACCAUUACUACUUCAGUCACUAUCACUACAGUCAUUUAUUUCACAACCAUAAAUACUAUAAAGAUGUCCUUCCAGUGAUAUUUGAACUUUUCCUGUUGAGAAGCAAUAGCCCAAGUAAUGUACACCCACUUAAGCAUAAAAAUGUUGUGAGCAAAAUGUCUUUUAGACAACUGUAAACUUCAAGGAGUAGGCCAUUCAAGGUGGUGGUCUGAUGUCAUUGCACCCCCUCCCCCUGCUUGAGAAACAAUUAAGGAGCAAUAGAGAACGAAGAGGAAAGACCCCCCCAUCCCGCUUGUGUCACGUCAUAAUCGUACCUGGAUCACCUUGAGAUGUGCCUAAGUAAAUCAGGUGUUCAAUGAGGUGAAAAGACUGGAACAGGACUUUAAGACAGGCUCGCACGCACAAACAUUUCCUUUAGUGCUGAGAAGGAAGAUUUUUUAUUUUAUCUUAUGAAUUCAGUGGUUCCAAUCUGUUUGUUUUGAUCCACUGGUUUACUGUGAUCCCAUCCCUGCUAUUGGAUCUCUGUCAUAUCAAUUACUUUGUCAAAUGUGUCUAGGGUCCUACUGAGCCGACAUGGUCAUGCUCUCCUGUAGGGGUGGGCAAGGGGACCGAGCAGCCUUAAUUUAAUUUUGUGUGCGUCAGUCUGAUCUUCGAGAUGCGUAUAUAAUUUACUAUAUAGUAUAUUGUGAAUAUACAUUGAAUGCACAAAACAUUAAGAACGCCUAAUAUUGAGUCCCCCUCUUGCCUUCAGAACAGCCUCAAUUUGACGGGGACAUGGACUCUACAAGGUGUCAAUGUUGACUCAUACUUCCCACAGUUGUCAACUUGGCUGGAUGUCUUUUAGGUGGUGGACCAUUCUUCAUACACACGGGAAACUGUUGAGUGUGGAAAAACUAAGCAGCUUUGCAGUUCUCGACGCAAACCGGUGUGCCUGGCACCUACCAUACACUGUUCAAAGGCACCUAAUCCUUGUCUCAAGGCUUGAAAAUGUGAACUUCAAUAAGGGGUGAAAAUCCUAACAUCAAUAAGAGAUCAUAGCUUUCACCUGGUCAGUCUCCCAUGUAAAGAGCAGUUGUUCUUAAUGUAUUGUAUACUCUGUGUAUAUUGUUUAUCUUUCAGGACAGAACACAAUUAGUAUACUACUCUGUAAAAUCCAGAAUAAAUGUCAACUACUUAGGGCUAGAUUUAAUCAGGGCCGCCUUAAUUGUUUUUGUUGAGGCGAAGUUGGAUGUGUAACUGUGUUGGUGCUGUCAAAGCGUUAUACAGAUCGUGGACAUUGCUUUUGGAUACUCCUUGUCGCAUUUGUAGUAAUCCCAUGCAGCCGUGCUGAAAAUGUUUCCACGGGUUUGUGUGUUGUAAUCUAUACCUCGAUUAGGCUGAAUUAAAUAAUUAUUUUGUUGAUUGAUUUUCAAUUUGACUCAUUAUUUCUAUAUAGCCUACACUUUCUCAUUCUGAACUUCUAACUCUGUGGGAUGGGUUUGGCCACGGAUUUGACACCUCCAACACUGUUACACUGUUACACUGUGACACCACCUAAACAAAAACAACGAUAUGCUAUGCAGUUUGCCGGUUAUGGCUGAUUUGAUUGACUCUAGGCCUUGCUGUUUUAUUACUUGUUAAAAUGCUGUGAGUGCAGCAUAGAUCCAUUUCUAUAGAUUUUUAUAACAAAUUAGCUAAAUUAGCUUUGGACUUACAUUUAUCAAAGAAGAACCAAGUAAAGAUCAAUAUGGGGAAAUUAAAAGUUCCAACUUGAAAUGUGAGAUUACUGUUUGUAACCAUUUUCCUGAUGUAUGCUAUUGAACAAAAUGUGUAUGUUGUAUAAAUGGUCAAUAUGGA